CAGAAAAUCGUUAUCCUCUGCCCCGUCCGAAACAUGGUGAACAUGAAGGCUGCCCUAGCCAUUGCGAUGGUGUUUGUCGGUUGCUGCAGCAACGUGGUGUUUCUCGAGCUGCUAGUGAAAAUCGAUCCCGGUUCCGGUAAUCUGAUCACCUUCCUGCAGUUUCUGCUGAUCGCCAUCGAGGGUUUCCUCUUCACGUCGAAAUGCGGGACGGUGCGGCCACGGAUUGGGCUAAAGGACUACACCAUUCUGGUGAUGAUGUUUUUCGUCGCCAGUGUCUGCAACAACUAUGCUUUCGAUUUCAACAUUCCGAUGCCGCUGCACAUGAUCUUCCGGGCCGGUUCGCUGAUCGCCAACAUGAUAAUGGGAAUCGUGAUCCUGAAGAAGCGCUAUGAUUUCUCCAAGUACCUAUCGGUUGGCAUGAUAACGGCCGGCAUCGUCACGUGCACGAUCGUGUCCGGCAGCCGGGUGGAGAGCACACAGGUGCUGAAGGGUGAAGGCGAUGACGAUCCGGUAGCCGUAUUUUUCUGGUGGACGCUUGGCAUUGCGCUGCUCACACUGGCCCUUUUCGUGUCCGCGCGGAUGGGCCUCUACCAGGAGGUGCUCUACAAGCGCUAUGGCAAGCAUCCGAAGGAAGCGCUUUUCUACACACAUCUCUUGCCUUUGCCGUUCUUUGCGCUGCUUGCGGGUAACAUUUGGGACCAUCUGCAGCUGGCCAACGCGAGUCCACCGCAGCCGGUGCCGCUUUUGGGCAUCUCGGUUCCCAUCACGUGGCUCUACCUGCUGGGAAAUGUGUUGACGCAGUACGUGUGCAUCAGCUCCGUGUACGUGCUAACAACGGAAUGCUCUUCACUGACCGUGACACUGGUGGUAACGCUGCGCAAGUUCGUUUCGCUACUCUUCUCAAUCGUGUACUUCAGUAAUCCGUUCACGGUGCACCACUGGAUUGGCACAUUGCUCGUGUUCGUCGGAACGAUCAUCUUCACGGAGGUAGCAGGGAAGGUGCGAGACGCACUCAGUGGCGCAGGGAAGGCUGUGGGUGACAAGAAAAAGGCGAAUUGAGGGGGUAGCAACAUUUUUCAGUGCUCGCUAUAAGAAUAUUAUUGUUAGAUGGUCACAGUAAAACCAACAAAACGAGAGGCUGGUGUAGUGUAUAGUACAGAUAUUUUAAAAGUUGUAGGAAAAAUUGAGAAUGUUGAGUUAUAUGGAUAAGCUUCUCGGAAGCGGCCCUUUUAUGUUUAGCGCAAUAGGCAACCAGAAUGUUUUUGUAUGUAACUCUUUUACCGUAUCCUUCAGUUUUACGUUCUCUGUACAAUGUGCCGUUUGAGGGAUCAAAUGAGCCCAUCAAUUGUGCGGAAUGAGGUUGUGAUUAAAAUGGUUUCAAUUCAAUCUUUUAAUCCAAACGCGAUAUUUUUGUUGACAAUUUCUUAUUGCUCUAAAUAAUAACGGAAUAAAUUCGAA